AUGGAGGCAGAGACGAAAGAAGUCACUGAGAGCAUGGGCCCUGAGAAUCCAUCAGGUGGGAAGGAGGAAGAAGAUGCUGCUCUGAUGAAGGACGUUCGAGUUUCAGUUCUCAGGGAGUGCCGUGUCCUCGACGACGUGGGAGAAGAUCAGGUCCCAGGCAAAGCAUCUGAAGUCAUGGACCCUGAGAAUCCAUCGGGUAGGGAGGAGGAGGAAGAUGCUGCUCUAAUGAAGGACAUUCGAGUUUCAGUUCUCAGAGAGUGCCGCGUCCUCGAUGACGGAGGAGAAGAUCAGGUCCCCGGCAAAGCAUCUGAUGACGGAGCCAAUACGAGCAGUACGAGCAAGCAGCUUGUUUCAGAAGACGAGGAGCCAAGAAGGGCCCAGGAAACCAUCAGAGAAUCGAAGGAAGCCGCCGAGUGGAAGGAGAAGGAGGUUGUAGACGAGGAAGCAGGGUUGAUGAAAGACAUUCGACUUUCCGUGAUGAGGGAGUGCGGCGUGUUUGACGAAGGCCGUGAUGGCGAAGAAAACCACGCCGCAACAAUGGUGAAUGAGGAGGCCAUCACGGAGACCCAGACUGAGGAGGAUACGACGCUUGUCCAAAUACCUCCAAGGGCUACACACCAAGCCAGUGUUUCGCCCACUCGCCUUGCUCGUGGCAGUGGAGUUCAACUCUCUUCAAGGCCUGGAGCCUUUACUGUCCUGGGACCAAAUGCCAGCAAUUUUGGAUCGUCUACCGAGGACAUUGAAGCAGCUUCUUCCGGCCGCGAAUCCAUCGGCAAUGUACCAACUGGUCCACGUGUAACAGAGGAAGCCAACGGGGACAUGGCCAUUGCCAACCUUGUCAACGAAGAAGACGAGGACCGUCGCCCACAAGCUCUGCAAGUCGAUCCCACGGAACGAGAGCGUUUGACUGCCUCGAAAAGGCGCAAGAGUCUUUUUCAAUUUAUUGGAGCAGGGGUACUCUUGGUAGUCAUUCUCAUUGCUGUGGUGGUGCCCAUUGCUGUCCAUCGAAGCAAGGAGGGAGGGACUUCGCUCGACAGUAAUCACAAACCUCAGGCAGAGACUACGAAUGAGACAACAUUCGUGCAGCCUGUCAGCAUCCAAGAGUACAUCUUGAACCUUCUCCCAGCUGCAACUGCCAGGGGUAUUCUGCUUGAUAUGGACGAGACAGACCUAAUCAAUGCUACCGCAUUUACUCCUCAGCAAAACGCCUACAAAUGGCUGAUACACGAUCAAAACCUCACCAACUAUUCAGACGAGCGAAUCAUUCAACGAUUUGCUCUGACGACACUCUUCCUUUCCACCGGUGGCCCAACAAAAUGGCGCGAGACAGGCAACUGGCUCUCACAUGAUGUGCAUGAGUGCGACUGGUUCCAUGCAAGCGCCUAUGGCUUGUACUCCCCUCCCAGUACUGACAAUCCCUUGUAUGUGAACGAGUCAGCUAUGGGUACUGUUCAAGAAGUCCCAUGCCAGAAUGAGCUCUACCAACACCUGUGGCUCAAUAACAAUGGCCUUCAUGGUAAAAUCCCAGAGGAAACUUUCCUGCUGACAAAUCUGAAGAGUAUUGCUCUGGAUCGCAAUGAGCUUUCUGGCAGCAUUGCAACCACGAUUGGCUACCUGACCAACUUAGAUGCUUUGGGCUCAAUUCCCAGUGAAGUGGGUUUGCUUGAUCAAGCGAUACGAUUGGUGCUACAAAUGAAUCUGCUCACUGGGAAUCUACCCUCAGAAAUUGCACUCCCCGAGAAGUUGAAAAAUGUUUCCCUCUGGGACAAUGCAAUUACUGGCACUGUGCCAAAAGAGUUGAUCCAAUGGCAAGGCCUUUUUGAUGUGGAUGUGAAUCUACUGACAUCAACAAUCCCUACAGAGCUAGGCUUAUCGGACCUUACAGGAUUCUCAGUGAACAACAACGAAAUCUCAGGCACCAUACCCUCAGAGAUGGGGUUGCUUACCAACUCCGAACAUUUAGGGCUGAGUGGAAACAAACUAAACGGCACAAUGCCUACUGAACUUGGACUUUGCAAGCUCAGCAUUCUUGAAUUUCACAACAAUGAACUGACAGGGACUUUGCCUUCAGAGUUGGGCCAGCUAAGCUCGCUACGUGUGUUUGUGCUGGGGAACAACAUUCUAUCUGGUGCAAUUCCCUCCGAGCUGGGGCAGUGGACCUCAAUGGAUCUUUUUGCCAGCUGGUUGAACCAGUUUUCGGGAACUCUGCCUUCAGAGUUGGGGGGUAUGAGAGUAGCCACAACUUUUGAGGUUUCCGAAGCGAAUCUGUCUGGGUCCAUUCCAUCUGAGAUGGGACUAAUGGAGAACGUUGAGGUUCUCUUUCUUCAUGAUAAUACAUUGACAGGGACCAUUCCCACAGAGAUCGGGGAGCUCAGUUCCUUGGUCAACCUAAAACUGUCAGACAAUGAACUAUCGGGACUGAUCCCAAGUGAAAUUGGUCUUCUCUUGAACCUGAAGCAGGUUAGGCUGUUCGAGAACCGCAUGAUGGGACCUGUUCCUUCAUCGCUGGGCUUGCUGGAUCAGCUUGAGCUUCUUUGGCUCCACAACAAUACGGGGCUCACAGGCACAAUUCCUACUAGUCUCUGCAAUCUGACAACUUGGCCGGAUAAUGUUGAGGAAAAUGGAGGUAUUCAUGUUGAUUGUGAAUCGUUGGAUUGCAGCUGUGAUGUUUGUGUUUGUAAGUGA